CGCCGCAGCCGCCAUUUCGGGCGCCGUGAGGGGGCUGCGCGUCCUGCAGCCCGGGGCGGGGCGUGCGCUCAGCCUGUUUCCUCAUUUGAACAGUACUUAAACCAGGGGAAGGAAAAAACUUCGAAUUUGUAAAAAAAAAAAAAAAAAAAAAAAGAAAAAAAAGGAAGAAAACAAGGAAUAAUAAUUUUUGGCAUUAAUCUCUCCUCUUGCUAGGCUCUUUAUCUCGGGAAAGAUGGCAGAUCCCUGGCAAGAAUGUAUGGAUUAUGCAGUUGGUUUAGCAAGGAAAGCUGGGGAGAUAAUCCGUGGAGCACUCAAAGAAGAAAUAUCUGUUAUGACUAAAAGUUCACCUGUAGAUCUAGUGACAGAAACUGAUCAAAAAGUAGAAAACUUCAUUAUUUCUUUGAUAAAAGAAAAGUAUCCUUCUCACAGCUUUAUUGGUGAAGAAUCUGUUGCAGCUGGAGAGGGCAGCAUUCUGACAGAUAACCCCACAUGGAUUAUAGACCCUAUUGAUGGAACUACCAACUUUGUACACAGGUUUCCAUUUGUGGCAGUUUCAAUUGGCUUUGUUGUAAACAAAAAGAUAGAGUUUGGAAUUGUGUAUAGUUGUAUAGAAGACAAGAUGUAUACUGCCAGAAAAGGAAAAGGUGCAUUUUGCAAUGGUCAGAAACUUCAAGUAUCGGGCCAAGAAGACAUUACAAAAUCCCUUUUAGUAACAGAAUUGGGGUCAAAUCGUGAUCCAGAGGCUAUAAAAAUAAUUCUUUCUAAUAUGGAAAGACUUCUCAGUAUUCCUAUUCAUGGGAUUAGAGCUGUUGGUACAGCAGCUGUGAACAUGUGCCUUGUGGCAACAGGUGGAGCUGAUGCUUAUUAUGAAAUGGGGAUUCACUGCUGGGAUAUGGCAGGCGCUGGAAUCAUUAUUACUGAAGCUGGUGGAGUACUGCUGGAUGUAACAGGUGGACCAUUUGAUUUGAUGUCUCGAAGAAUAAUUGCAGCAAGUAGUCGAGCUAUCGGAGAGAGAAUAGCCAAAGCACUUCAAGUAAUUCCUCUGAGAAGAGAUGAUGCAACCAACUGAACGCCAAAGCUGCACCAUAAAUGUCCUUAUCUAAUGUUGUCUCAUUUUCCCACAUGGUGGUCUUCUACCUUGAAUAGAUGGUAGUCUUUCAGUACUGGUGUGGCUGCUAAGUAGGGCUUUGAGAUUGAACAGCAUUCUAAGUAAGCUUUAACUGUUGAGUAUUUAAUUUAACAUCACAAUUAGAUAAAAAUCUAGGAAAAUAAGCAAAAUAUGCAACUAGUAUUUUCAAGUUUUAUACUAUACUGGAACACAUAGCAAGAGACUCUUUGAUGUAUAGAUAAAGAUCUCUAGUUCUGUAAGUGACAAAAAGAAAACCCACUCUCCUAACAGCACAUCACCACAUCUGAUCCUGAACCCAAAAAGAUGAAGGCAUUACUGUUUAUCCAGUCUUUCUCUAUCUGGUCUCCAGUGCAUCCAUUUCCUUACCUCAUUGCACUUUUUGUUGAGGUGGUUCACACAUUUCCAAACCUGUUGGUUGCUUGUAGUUUUGGCUACAAUUUAAAGCCUUUAUUAUUUAUCUGUCAUUGGUUUUGUAGUCAUCAUUCUACCUUUCCAGUGGUAGAUGGACACAAUCUCUUCUUUAGCCUCAUAUGUGGCCAGUACACUUGCAAAUCCAUUACAAUUUUGAAAAUAAUAGUUAUUGUGCCAGAAAAUAUAUUCAUCUUCCAGAAUUAAGUUCUUAGCACACCUAUCACCAAAUGUACUUACUUGAAAUUAAGAUACAGUAUGAUUUGCAUUUUGUUAACUUUGAUUUGGUUUCAACAUGGAUGAGUGUGUUUCAAAGUCUAAGGCAUCAUUAAAUCCAAGAGAGUUUUCAGUACUUCAGCUGGCAAAAAAAAAAAAAAAAGCCCAUAGUCCAUAUUUUUUUCAUAAUUUUCUAAUUUUCGUAAGCUACAAAAGCAAUGACCAACCAGGACCAGGUUUCCAUUGUGUUUUACUGAAUGUACACAGAGGAAGAUAUAUACCUGAACCUAAAGGGUUUAUAAAUUAAGAAUUAUUAGUGAUUUAAUUCUAGGUGUCAGUUGUUGUAAACUUUGAAAAGUAUACCAGUUCUCUGCAUUUUUGUAUUUAAGAUUGUUAAAGCUUCAGUGCACUGUUCAUAUAAUUAAUGCACUUUUAAAAAAAAGAUGUCAGAUCGGUUUCUAAACUGAUUAUUUUUUGUGUGUGUGUGUUUAAAAAGAAAGUUAUCUCAUUGUUUGUUUAGUUAAGACACAGCAGUGCUUUGGAAAACCUGACUUUUUGUACUGCUGUCCCACUAUAUUUACUUUGAAAAAUGGUAUAUUGAAGUUUCAUCAGAUUGCAUAUUAUGUCAGGUUUAUAUCAGUUAAUUUUUGCAGAUUUUUCAGAAACACUUAAUUUUUAGAUGUAUCUAAUGCCAGGUGACUAAUGUUAACAAGGUCAGCCUCCUAUUUAAAAGUCUUCCCAAAAAGCCAGACUUAAAAUUACUUUUUAAAUUCCUGUUGACAUGGAUGUAAACCUUUUGAGCAUUUCACUGUAACUUUAUUGCUGUACACAAUAUGUGUGGGAUCAUGGUUAUUUUUGAAAUGUCUUCUGUAUCAUUUCUGUGGCUUUUGUAUAACAAAAUCUGUAUAACUUUAUUUGUGAAAUGGAGAUAUGUCUAAAAAGUACUUAAGAUGGGAGAAGUUAGAAAUAAAUACACUUUAGGAGCAGUG